AUGGAGCGCCGUCUGUUGAUCGUUAUUCUCGACUUCAAUGUCAGCCCCAUCCACAAGCAACAAAUCAGCCACCAACUCGCGCCCGUUCUCGGAUGCGAUCAAGAGUGGCGCCCGACUGCAACUAUCCCGCAGUUCAUGACUCUUUCUGUUUUCAACAAUGUCAUUGACGGGUCUAUGCGUCCCAAACCACUGUCUCCGGGCGUCUACCAUCAACGCUUGGCUGAUUGCCCCAACUUGAUCCGGCUGACAAGAAACUGCAUCAGCUUCCGCUGGACAGUCGAAGCUGUUCGUGCGUGGUGCCCCCAAAAGCGGGCUGCAUAG